GAGAUCGAAUGCCUGGCGUAUUCUAACAUUGAACUGACAAUCCAGUUCACUGUUCACUUAGUGCGACAGCGACGUUAGUCGGGUGAACACAAAAGGACGCGGCGCAUAACGAGAAUCAGCCGCAUCUCGAAAUUCAUGAAUGAAUUCCAAUAACACGAUCUUUUGACAGGUGCAGCUACUGUGUUUUAAAACUAUCAUGAUUUGUGUGAUUUAAUCUGACUUGUGUUAACUUUUUUCUCGUAUAAAAUGGCGAAUGAUGUGGUCGUCAAAUUGGAAAAAGUAUUAUUGGACAUUUUUUUAUUAAAUUGUGUCGGUUGGCCUAUUCUUUUCCUCUAUUUGUGGGGCAGUGCCUACCAAAGAGGUUUCUUCUGUGAUGAUGAGAGUCUCCGACAUCCAUUUCUGGAAUCAACGGUCCCUAGUUGGUCGUUGUAUGUUACUGGAAUAGGACUGAAUUCUAUAGCGAUGCUUAUGACUGAGUAUCUAAAUCGACCAAACAAUCAAAAGAACAUAAUAUUCCUUGGAAUGUCCAUACCUAAUUGGAUCUAUAACCUUUAUUGUGUUUUUGGCAUAUUUGCCUUUGGCGCAGCUUGUUCGCAGCUAACCACCGAUGUCUUAAAAUAUACAGUCGGCAGAUUGAGGCCACAUUUUUAUUCAGUGUGCCUUCCCGAUGUUUGUAAUGGUUCGAUUAUACCAUACAAAUAUUACGAACAUUUUGUUUGUACCAAUCCGUUAUACAUCAACAAUAAGAGAACUAUGAAAGAAAUAAGACUCUCGUUUCCUUCUGGACAUUCAUCGUUUUCGAUGUACACGAUGUUAUAUUUCGCAAUUUACUUGCACAAACGUAUGACAUGGGAUGGCUCAAUACUCUUAAAACAUACUCUUCAAUUUCUCGCUGUUCUAUCGUCUCUUUUCACUGCAAUGACAAGAGUAUCUGACUACAAACAUCACUGGAGCGAUGUACUAUGUGGUCUUUUGUUGGGUGCCCUUGUUGCAAUAAUUACAUCAAGAUGUUUUUCAAAUUUGUUCAGUAAGCCGCAGCCGAGUGUUUUCAAGAAACUGGAACCAUCUGAACUAACCAACUUGAACGGCAACAACAGAACGCACGUUUGAAUGUGAUUUAUUACGAUUUAUUAUUUUGUUGGUGAAAACUUUUUUAUUGUUAUAAAAAGUUUAUAUGAAUGGCAGUAAUUUAUUGUGAGCAAUUUAUUAUCUUAAAAAACGAACGCAAUACUUUAUAUCGUAAACUUAGCAAUAUCAAAUAUAAUUUUUCGGCUAUUCUUAGCCACUGAGGAUAUUUUGGGUUGAUAAUCCAUGGGAUUGAUAUAUAAUAUUAUUUUUUUUAAAUAUAUUUUUGAUUUUAAUUAUUUUCAAGUACGUACAUGAAGUUUAUGUAUGUAUGUAAGUAGGGUUUGGGAAGUUUAUCUUGAUUAUUAUAAGUUUAAUUUUUAUUUCCUUUUCAUUAGUGUGUUGUUUUUCAAAGUGUGUUUUUUCCAAUAGUAACAUUCUUUUGAUUUUUCGCUUGAAGGUAUUUUUUAAAAGUUUUUAAGGAUAUUAUUUUGUAACGUUUGAUGAGUAUAAUCGUUUCAUAAUUUUGAGAAAAAAGUAGUGUACAUCGCUUAUCACCAUUCAAAUAUAAAAUGUUGGAAUGAGUUUCCUACUUCUUCUAUACCAUUUUAGAUAAGCAUUCCUCAUAGAUGAAGAGUUUUUGGACAUUGUUGGGUAGGUUGUUGAGUCACUGGAAAAUGUUGUUACUAUCUUAUAUUUUUUAAUAAAGGGAUGUUUUUUCAGGUAUUUAGUAAAUUUUUAAGUUUGAUCCUGAACCAGACUAAGAUGGUUUUCUAAAUCAAUGCAAAAUGUUUUUGGGACACUUUUAGGUGAGUAAUAUAGGUCAAUUUGUUGGAAUGUUUCAUCUGAUUAAAGAGGUUAUAUUGGUACUGGCAAAGAGCAGUAUAUAUAACUCAAGGUGCUAUGUCUUUCGCUCAAAUACGCUACGAUGGGAUUAUUUUUCGUGAGACUACGUGACAUAAAACAUUCAUGCGAAUUCUCUGUAUAAAUUCGGAGUUAAUAAAUAAUUCCAUUCCUAACAAAAAAAACAAUGAAAAUAAUACAACAAAAGCAGUAGUAAUAAAAAUUGUAAUGAAUAAUAACAAAACGUGAUGAAAUUUUGUAAUCAUAACAAUAAUAAUAAUUGCAGAUGUAAUCCUAUUAAUUUGAUAUACAUAUAUAAUAAAAAUAAUAUUUUAUUGGAGUUUGAAAUUGAGAUCUUCAUCUUCGUGGAUGUCUCAUUAAAGUCUCAUUCUUCUUCCAAUUCUUCAGCUUUAUUUCUAAUAAGUGUAGAAGAUUCAGAUUAAGACUUUAAAGAGCAGUAGUGGUAAAAAUUAUUAAUCAAAAUUCACUUAAUUCAGCGCUUAUUUCUUUGGAGUUUUCAUUGAUAGAAGCGAUUCCAAUAUACAUUUUUCAACAAACCAAAAAAUUCCAAUUUUACUUUAGAUUUCAGCCAUCACCUGUAUUCAUUUAACAAUUCCAAAAAAUUAUCUAACUUUUUGGGAUUAUUUUUCUAUAUAUUACUCUUCCAAAGUGUCUCGAGAAUAUUUUUUCGGUUUAUUUAAAAAAUCAUUUUGUUUAACAUUUAGACCUAAGUAAUUAGUCUGCUCCCUUUAGUUAUUUCUUAACGAUAUAAAAAUUUCAAAAUGCUUUUAAUUGAAAAAUUUUCCUUUAAAAAAAAGUAUACAAAGUCGCUUCAUUCAACACUAUCUUAACCAUUUAACCUUUAAUUUUUUUGUAAUGCCUCAAGGUCCAAUCCAAAAUUAUACUAUUAUUGGCAUGUUUUAUUGUACAAAAAUUUAAUUUUUCAAAGUAAUUAUUAAGCUCGAAACUGCUGAAAUUUUCUACUUUCAAUCAGAAUUUAGUAAAUCAUUCUUAACCUUGACUCCUCAUGGAUAAGAAGCAACAGAACUAGUAAUGUUGCUCCUUAGAGGGUUAUCAUGUUUACUUUCAUUAUAUUUUUCUUGUUUUCAUUUAAAAGAAAAAUUUUCUUGAAGCUAGUUCACCAUUUGAAAAGGCUAAAGGGGCAUGGUACAUUUUGUAGGUUUUAAAAUUAAAUGAAAAUUAUUAUGACACUUUAUAGGGCCACAAUAUAUACCCAUCCACUACUGUCCCUAAUCGCUCCAUCUUGUAUAGUUCAAAACAAUACACGAAGUUUAUUUCUGUCGGUUUCUUCGGGACGCGCGGCGCUUUUUCUUUCUUCAAAUCUUAUUCCUUUUAAUAAAAUUUUGAUUCGGCAUAUAUUAUCACCUUUUCUAAUAAGUUUGAGUCACUUUCAAUCGCAUUUAAAGUGUCAGUACAAAGAUUUUUGCGAGUUUCUUGUUAUCAAAUGUGAAGAUUUUACUUACCAGUUUUACGCCUACCUUUUACAUAUUAAAGUUUUCAUGUAAAAUUUGUCAAUUCCUAUAGAUUCAGUAAUCGCUCGAACAAAAAUUAUCGACUUGUCAACCGUUUCAUCUUCUAGCCCAUUUUCCAAACGUUUAAACCAUUCAAAAACAGGUGGACGCGACUAAGCUGGAAAUUCUGGAACCGUUGUUGGUAUUCAUACUGAACACACCGUUUACACCAACACUCACAAUUACACUGUCUGACGCGCGUUUCUAUAACCAAUUUAUCGCCUUCAGAGACUCUGUUUACCUUCAAUCUUGGUUAUCGAAACGCGAGUAAGACAGUGUAAUUGUGAUUGUUAGUGUAGCGAUGGUGUAAAUAGUGUGUUCGGUAGGUGUACGCGACAUUCAUUACCAUACACUUGUCUCAAUAAAUUAUAAGUUUCAGUUUCAGUUUUUUCAAGUUUUAUGAGAAAUUUCACAACAAUCUGUUGCUUUAUUUUCACGCGGAUCAUUAUUACGGUAAAAAAGCCCCUAUACAAUCGACGAUCGCGGCUACACUGGUUUGUUUACAGACACGGUAUACACCUCAUUUCAAAGAGUAGGCAACAGGCUAAAUAGCUGAUAGUCAUUAAUCUUUUGCGCACGCGCACUUUUCUGUAGCAGCGCUAGUGUCUUUACCUAAUAGCCGCACUCGUAUAUAUCACUUAUAACAUUAAAAAUGACCUAGUAUAGAAAAUAUACAGGUUGAAAUCUACAAUUUUCAAAAUGUCUAUACACAUAGACGGUUUUUGAGUUGUACCUACUUAUUUAUAAAUCUGAAAAAUAUAGAAUUAUGGCAUAUAGUGUUGUUCUGUCUAAUUUCUUAGUUCUCAUAUCUCUAGCAGUUUUUUUUUUAAUUUUUCUGAUGAUCUCUUACCUAAUGAAAAUUUUCCAAAUAGAAAUCUCCUGGUAUUAAUAAUCUGUACAGUGAGAUAUGGAAUAAUUAUAUAGAUUUCGUCAAAUCAUUCGCAUUAUGUAGUUCAUUUUCAUCAAUACCUCGUUUUAAGAGUUGGGUUUGAAAUUAUUUUUAUUCAAAAUAAUAAGGUGACUGUAUUCAUUAUAUAAUUAAUAAAAUACCUACUUAAGAUCUCAAGUUUAAACUGACCAAUCAUAUAUUAUUCGAGUUGACAAAUGAAUGAGUUCUUUGUCUAUUAUCUUAUCUUCAAAUAAUAAUUCAUAUUUGCAAAACUUCAGAAGCAAUAUACCAAAAGUAGUGACCUUCCUGUUGUCAAGUCGCAAAUUUUUAAGAACACACAUGGAGAAAGCUGAAGAUAUUAGAGAGAAGUUUAAAUAAAUUGAUUUUUUAUAACUGUCAUGAAUGUUUUUUAUAUUUUACAAUGCCAAGAAUGAGUUAAAAUUUUUAAUGAAAUAGCAUUAAAGGCUCGUUUUCAUACGACAUUUUUAGUACUUAUUUUCAUGGAGUUACAAAUCACAAUUUUUGUAUAAACUAAAACGGCAUUAACUGAAGUGAUUGCGGCAGCUGCACGAGUGUUAAAUACCUGCAAAUACUUACUGCAACCAUACUUUUAACUUUUUUUAUAUCAUGCGCAUAUAUCAAGCUAUGGUGAUAAUUAUUUACUAGGAUUCAAAAGAAUGGUGUGAUGAGGGACGCAUUUCCUGUUAGGAAUGCAACAACAAUAUGAUAACAAAAUAUUUAUUCUGCGCUCCCUCAUACUGUUCAUAAUGAACUCAUAAAAACUUGAGUUGAUGAGCGAUAGAAGACGUUCAAUUGGUGAAGCGACCACUUCGAAAAAUGUGUAUAUGUAAGGGAGAAACUUGUGGUAGCUGUUUAUGUGUAUGUAGAGGCUAUUUUGACGAGUUCCUUGGUUACAUGAGCAUUCUAAUUAUGUUGCCUGCUCUAAAUAAUCCAAUUGAGAUUGUGUAAUUCAGGUUUUGGAUUUCAAUCUACAGCUUUAAUGAUGUAGAUUUUCCAAUUAGAUAGAGCAACUGCUCUUUCUGGAUGUGACUACGAAGUAGUGCGAGUUGAUAGAACUGUGAUUAUGGUGAUUUUUUAACCAUCAAGAGCAGCAUUGUUACCCAUAGAUGAAUUAUCAAUCUCUAUAAUAUGAUGAUGAUAUUUCCAUCUUCUCCGUUUUCUCCAUCUACUUUUUUUCGCCAUAUUUUUUCAUCUUUAAUUUUUCGAUGUUACAGCUAAUAGAUGCUCUUCUGCUUUGCUUCUUGCGAUUCUGUUUUUGAAUUUAUGAUUAAUUUUAUUGCACAAUCAAGACAAUUUUCAUAUUUUUCCAAAACGUGGACGAUAUCGAAAACAACAUUUUCUUUUUCAACUGUUUCUUGUAAACCAAUAAUCUCACUUUUAAACCGGGUAAAUGAUGCCACGUGGUCACGACAAUGCGGCAUUGCCGUUUUCAUGUUACGUGAAACUAUUCUAAAAGGUCAUAAUAUCAAUAUGAUUUUGAUAGGGCAGGACCACGCAACUUUGAGGCUUAAAUGUUUUAAAAUGUCGCAACUUUUAGUGUCAUUGCACUUAACGAGCUUUAAACGAGACAUUUAAUUUUUAAUAGAACUAAUACCUUGCCAUGUUGAAGAUUUUAAUUGAGCAAGUUGCUAAAUUUAUCACUAUUAUCCAUUUUAUGAUUAAUAGAUUGAUUAGCUACUAUUGUAUACUUGCAUUCUUCGUGCUUUGUUUAUAACCUCCAUAUUUACUCAUUAGUCUGCCAACAUACAAGAAGAUCUAAAACAGUAUAAACUCAUUUGACUCCAGUAGGUUCGACUUAGUAUUUCUCAAUGUAUUUAUUCCAACUGGCUUCUCGGUGCAUUUAUAAUGAUCUAAUAACAAGUAAUUUUCAUCUAGCGUCUCUUUUAUGAACCUCUGAAGUUGUUUAAAUGUAAGUUUUUAUAACUAUAACUUUAAUUUUCCCUCUAAAAAUACUAUUACCUGGAAAUAUUUGCAUACAUUACCCCAUUAUUAUCCAAGAUAGUAAUGAAGUGGUUUUGCUUUUUGGUGAUGUCUCUUGAUCUCUCAAAUCUAGUUCUUUCAGCCUGUUUACGACACACUGAAUACAUUAAAAUGUCUCAUUCAUUCUGCACCAUCUCUGUUAACGUUUGCGACAGACAAGUACCUUCGUUAAAUUUUUUUCAAACUGUUUAUUUAUUAGAACAUUGAAAACUGCUUUUCUUAAAUAAAAAUUUGAGUAGGAAAACUCACAUUCCGAAUUCACAAUAAAAAAUUCAAUAAAUAUAAUAUUGUUUUGUGAAUAAAAUUAGACAGUGCCGUACCAUAUGGUUACGUUCUCAAUUAAAAAUUCUGUUUUAAAAAUAAAUAUAGUUUAGACAACUUUAUUAAUAUACUUAACUUUUUCCAUCUGUGCAUAUCGCACAAUUGAAAUCCAUUUAUUUACAUAAUUUAUUUUAUGCAAUGUCAUACUUAUAAUAAUUUUUUAGUUUAAUAUUUGUACAGGGUGGCCAAGUGAAGUUGAAACCGAACUUUUAUAAUUCUAUAAUUUCUCUCUACUUUAAAUUCAUGAUAUUUUCGUUUAUUUUCACUUUUUAAUGGACAGGAUAAACCUCAAUAUUCACUAAAAGUAAUGCUUCUUUCGGAUAAGUAAUUCAGUUAUUUUCUUGAUUUGUACCCAACCUCUAAUAUUUGUUUUAUUCAUGGAUAUUUUAAUUUGUUUUUUGGAUUCCCUUCCGAGAUUACAUGAGAUUUGUACAGUAUCCUGAUUAAAUAAAAAAAUGGGCGAGUUUCUAUGAAUGUAAACAUCAAUCAGCCCAUUAUGUAUAUUGUAAAGGAGGAGUUUAUACUUUUUUGAGACUUUAAACUCUAUAUUACCAGAAAUAUUCGAUAACAUAAUAAUGCAGGAUAUUAACUUAUAUGGUAAUUAUUCUACUAUGAGUGAGUUGUAAAAUUGGGUAUAUUAGAUUUUAUUGGAACAUUUUGUGGUAAUUCCAAUGUUUAUCUAAAGGCAAUGGAUUGAUUCUUACUUUGGACUGUUAAAAUAUUCAUAUUUCUUAUUAUAAAUGGUUUGAUUCAGUUUUGUUUGGUCACUCUAUGAAGCUUUAAAUUUUUUUUAUAUUUAUUAACAAUUAGAUUUUAUUUUCAGGUACACAUACAAAUUCAAAUUUUUUGAAUUGUGUGAAAAACUUUUUCAUUAUUAAUUUUAAGAAACAAACUAUUCUACAUAAAAAGUACCACGUAAAAUAAAACCCGAUGUACAAGAGUCAGUUAAUAAAUUUAUUCGGCCAUUUAUUCAUUACAAUCAUAAAGUUUUGACGUCCAUCGACGUCUAUUGUCUAUUUGUGACGAAUAUAAAAUUUUUAUAUUCAUUAAGAAAUGAGCUCCUAACAAGUGAAGAGAACCUUGUUCUUUCUACUUUUUCCCGACAAUCGCUUUCACAAAAAAAAUGUUGUUUCUUAUCAAAAUACUGACGAAUAAAAAAUGUGGUAUUUGAUGCUUGUAUUUCAGGUUUCAGGUCUAUUAAUACAAUUAUAUAUUUGAAUUAUUUUAUAAACGUGGUAGCUAAAUAGAGAUUCAUUUCGAUAUGGUAACAAAUGUUUAGUUUUAGUAAUAAUGGUAAAGUUGCGAAUUGAAUUUAAAUUUUUUAUUUUCUUCGUACAUAAUUUAGAUUCAAUUCAGUUCUCUUACCUGUCGGGUCAAAAUAUGUAUUAAAUAAUAUGAUAAGUAUUUUCAAAAUUCUUUGGAAUAAAUAUAUAUUUCAGUUAUGUACAUAUACGUUUGUUAUUAUAAUUGUAACCUUCAUUCUCUUGUAGGUAAUUAUACAAAACAACCUCAAUGAAAACAAUGAUAAAUCAAGUAUUUUGAAAUAAUGGGACCAGGCUUUCAUAAUACUCAUUCUACUCCAUUGUAUCUUCCAUGUUUUCUAACAUAACCUAACAUUUUGAUUCCAUGUCCAUGUUAUGGAGCGUUUCAUUCCUCUCAUUUAAAAAUCAUUGUAUUUUUUUUAUUUUUCCAUCAGAACAAUGCUGACUGCGCCAGUUUCCAUUUUUUAGAUUACGUACCUGAUAAAAUUAUUCUUUUUUUUUGUCUUUUAGGACAUUUUCUAGGUGGAAAUAAAUUGAUGUUUGCCUGUUUACCUCUAAAUUGACGAUUUAUAGAUACUAGUGAUUGCUUCUUUCAUAAUUUUUUAUAUACUUUCUUAGUUUUAGAUCUGUAAAUGAAGCUGGUUUCACAUCCACAAAUACUACUCGUAAUUAUUUCUGUUUUUCAUUCAUAUUGAUUUGGUUAACAAUUUUUUCGAUUUUACAUAUAAUUUUUUAUUGUUAUAUUAUUACUUUUAUGGAGAAAUGGUUACAUUUUUCAUAGUUUUGGUAUCCCUUUCUUUUUGUUGAAUAUUUAGUGAUUCAUCGUCAUUUCAUUUUUCGUGGCCCCAUUUCUCUUUGUCACUAUUAGUUAAAUCGAACACUAUUUCUUCAAUCAAAUAUCUACACUAAUACUUAUAUUAUGUCAAGUUUUCAGUUUUUGACUUUAUUUUCCAAGACUCACUAUUAUUUGAUAACUUCAAUUUUCUUUAAAUAAUACAAUAGUAAAUAAAUAUAACUUAACAAAUACUGAACUUAAUUAGGUUAGCUAGAUGUACAUGUGAAUUUAGAAUAUAAAUCAGUGUUUCCCAAUCUUUUUUGUGCCAUGCCCCACUUUAGCCUUUCUAAAAUUCUAAUCACUCCUCAUAUAACACACAUAAAAGUUUACAACACACAACUGUUUAUUAAAGAAACUUAAAUUAAAAUAGGUUUUAGGUAUAAAUCACUAGAUAAUUGUUAACGAAGCACAGUAAGUAAUAAAUAAAUUUUCAAAACAUAUAAUGGGAAACUAGAAUUCAAAUUGCAAUUAAUUUCAAUACAAAUUUCUCUAUAUUAAUUUACCAAGAUUCUUAUGCUUGAUGCUUGCUGCAUGGAGAUUUUAUAUUAGAUUCCAGUUUGGUUAGCUUCAGUCUGAAGUCUUCACGUUUUGUUAUAUUUCUUUUUUACCAGUAAAUCAUUCACAGCACUAAAUGUACAGCUAAAAUGAUGGAUGGAAAUGGUAUUUGAUUUCUGUUUCCUCUUCUGUUUUACAAUUCUAUAAGUUUCUCUUCAGACAAAUCCACUACUAACAUUACCUACAUCAUCCGUGUUGUUAAAACAAUUUGUCUUAAAUCAGACAAUCUUUCUUGUGAAUCAGCAUAUGAAUUUUCAAAUAAUUGACAAUGAUAAGUAAAGCAUUAUGAAUAACUUCAUAUUUUUGGAGCCAAGAAACUGACUCGAUAAAAGUAAUAAAACUAAAUAUAUUUGCUUUUGCAUCGACAAGAGUUAUAUUUGUUCCUUGAUUUAAUGUCUUCGGUUAAGAUAAAGAAAUAAAAUCAAGUACGUUCACUUAUUUCAAAUUAAUACCAAGUGUAAGCUGUGAAAUACUACAGCGAGAAGUCCGGUAUUUCCCGCUUGGAUGUUCACUUGAUGAUGCCAAACACCCUGUUGAUAUUCUGGUCUUGUCAAACCAGAUUAUACCUAACAUUUGAAUUUGACACCGAAAUUGCAUUUUAAUCACCCCGUGAGAAAAGGUUAAACUCGACUCAAUUUUCGACUGCUCCCUUGUGUGGCGUGGGCCCUACGUUGGGAAACACUGAUAUAGAUACUGGUAAUUAAAUUUAUAACUUUUAGAACUCCAAUAAACUCAGAUGUAUUUAUAUGGAAAUCGACGGACCUUUAAAAGUAGUUAUAGAUUUUUGUGAAGUAUACAAUGUUUUCUACCUUAUACCUUUUCCCAGCAUAAAGUCUGGAUAUUACAGUAAAAUUUAAGCUAAAAACAAGAUUGUAAAUUUUUCCAUUCUAGAAAAAUUAUGUUAUAAUUGAUAAACUUUUAGUAAAUUGGUCAUGCAGAUAUUUACCCAUGUUUCCAGUACUUGUUGCCCAAGGAAGGCUUAUUUGUUUUAACGGUCAGCCACAUGAGUUUCAUUUUUAGUUAUGAUAAAAGAUAUUAUAUUCUCAAAAAUAAGUUUUGUUAUUCGGUAGAGUUUUCAAAAAUAUAUUCAUAUCAGCAUCAACAACUCUUAACUUGAUAUUUAUUAUGGUAAUUAUAGUAAUUCUGUCUUUUUAACUAUUUAUUGCUUUGGGUUCGUAAAUGCAUUGAGAUUCCAGUAAUUAAGAACUUCGUUGUUAGUUCAUUGGUUUUACAUGUGUAUUCCUAGAACCCUUAAACACAGCUUCUAUCAAUACGAAUCGUCUUCUCUUGAUUAAUCUAUAUAUUUGGUUUCAUCCUUUCCAGACAAGACCAAUUACCAUAUAACUCUGUUUCUAUCUACAGUUGUUGCGAUGCAAUGUCAAACAAUCAGAGGUUAAAAAUGGUCAAUAUUUUAUUUUGUUAAGUGAUCAUUAAAACAUUAAAUGAAUAAAUAUAUUUAUCAAUAACUUAUAACUUGUACAUUGUGAUAUGUGUUUUAUAUUUUGUGAAUGUGAUUCAAUUCAAAAUAAAAUUUAGUUGGAAAAUGA